UAAACCGUUAAUUUGAAAUAUUAAUGAAUGAAAAGUGUUCUAAAAAAUGGAAAAAGUGACAUAAAAUACCAAAUAAGAUAAUCGCUUCUGUAUUUGAUUCAAGCAAAAGUUCGUUAAGUGAAUAGCAACAAAAUUUGUAUCAUACACUUUGCCUAGCGAUUGCAAAAGUUACUACUAGACGGCCGGAGCCAAUCUUCGUUUUCGUGUACGAAUGCCACCGUAUAUGCAGAACCACUGAUACGUGCUAUUAGCCAUCACUUACAUGUACGUGUGUGGUAUAUAAAAAUUCGGGGAAAUAUCCACAAAUGGAAAGUGAAUAGUUUGAAACAAAGAUUAAAGUUUUAUAUAGACACCUGAGGGCUGUGUUUUGUUAAUAAGAGAAAGUGUAAAAGUAAACCAGGUAACUAACUACCACGUCUGCAAUCGUUCAGCUGGAAAUUGUGAAUAACCUGUGAGUCUGUGGUUUUGACGCCUUAAGAGGACAUUUUGGCAGAAGAUAAGCUAACGGAUCUAAUUUUAGGAACAUCAGAGAGAAAUCAGAGCGGAAAACAUGUCGACCGAUUCUAAGCAGCGAAUUCAGGUGCCCGAGGCGUUGAGAGAGGUGCUCUUGGAGUUUUCAAUAGCGUAUCUGCUGGAACAGCCCGGAGACGUGGUCGAUUAUGCAGUACAGUAUUUCAAUAAAUUGCAAUCGAAUCGCCAGGCAGCUGCAAAUUUCUAUCGCCCAGAUUCCCCAGAGAGUAGCAUCAUAUCACAGGAAGAAGAGCCAGUUCGCCGUUUUACCACACGCCGCAAAUCCGUAUUUGCCGAAGCCUAUGAUCCAGAAAACGACGCCGACGAUGACGAGGCCGAACGCAAGGUCUAUCCCAAAUCAGAUGAGCAGCGCGCACGUCUAACCGAUUCGGUGAAGAAUGUACUGUUGUUCCGUUCGUUGGACGAUGAGCAGAUGAAUCAAGUAUUGGACGCCAUGUUCGAGAAGCGAGUGCAGCCGGAGGAGUUCAUCAUUCGUCAGGGUGACGACGGCGACAAUUUCUAUGUUAUUGAGUCUGGAGUUUACAAAGUAAUUUGUAAUGGUGAUCACAUUUUCACUUACGACAAUACUGGAAUAUUCGGUGAAUUGGCAUUGCUCUACAACGUACCAAGAGCCGCCUCCAUACAGGCUGUCACAGAGGGCCUACUCUGGGCCAUGGACCGUCAAACGUUCCGCCGCAUUCUAUUGAAGUCCGCUUUCAAAAAGCGAAAAAUGUACGAGACGCUAUUGGACAGUGUACCAAUGUUGAAAGCGUUGAAGUCCUAUGAGCGCAUGAAUUUGGCCGAUGCAUUGGUUUCCAAGCACUUCUCCAGUAAUGAGAGGAUCAUCAAACAAGGUGACGUCGCUGAUGGUAUGUACUUCAUAGAGGAUGGCAAUGUAUCGGUGAAAAUGGACCAAGACGGGAAGGAGAUAGAGAUUUCGCGCCUAGGUAAAGGUCAAUAUUUCGGCGAGUUGGCUUUGGUUACACACCGACCACGCGCUGCUUCCGUCUAUGCCGAUGGAGAUGUUAAAGUUGCAUUCUUGGAGGUGCGAGCAUUCGAGCGCUUGCUGGGCCCGUGCAUGGAGAUCAUGAAGCGCAACAUUGACGACUACGAGACGCAGCUUAUCAAAAUCUUUGGUACCAAAAACAACAUUAGCGAUACACGAUAAAAAGUCUGAGUUCCAAGCAAACACACACACAGCUAAGCACACACACACUGACCGCCACAAGCGCUCACGUGCGAAGUUCACAUACACAACAAUAACUACAACUACAACUAUGUCACUCUAAAAGCGGUGGCAAUAUAAAUCUACUAAUAAUAUCAUUAAUAAUUUAAUUAAAACCCAACUGAAGCUGCAGCAGACGCCAUUAGUACGUGUAGUUAGGAAUACAGCAACAGCAACAGCAGCGGCAGCAUCAACAACACCAGUAACAACAUUAAGAGCAGCGCACUAAAAUACAAUAGUCAAUCAUUUUAAAAGUCAAAGGAGGGGGGAACCACUAAAGUAACUUCAGAAGCAGAAACAGAAUUUACAAAUACAUCAAGUGUAUCAGCAACAACAACUAAAAGAGCAUAGCAUAAUACUAGACUUAAACAAAUCCAUAUUUAUUCACAAAACAUAUGUAUUGAAUUGUAAGCACAAGAAAUAUGUUUGAAGCAAGAAAAUACUUAUGUAUCUGUAUACUAGUAUAGUAUGCCUAUGUAUGUAUGUAUGUAUGUAUAUACUGAACAUGGCGAACGCCAGAGAAGCCAAUACAUCCUUGCAAAGAGCUUCAGCUAGUCAGGAAAUGUAGAAACUCCCGUCCGGAAUCGAAGUAGACAGAAAACAUCAGUCUUCUUCCAAUCAGAGAAGGAUUUUCAUAUAGAUUUCUCGGAACUGACACGAGGCUUGCAUGUUUCCGAAAUCUGACAACAGCAUUUCGCGCCGGGAUGCACGCGCUCGCCGCCUACAUACAAACAUACAUGCAUAUGUAUAUACAAGUAUACAAGUGAGGCAGGCGCUUGAAAACUUUUCUUUUGCUUACAAACAUACAUAUACACACUGCUUUUCUGCCAUUCUCAAGCAAAAGCUUUGCGAAAUAAACACAACAAAUACAAGUAAAAACAGUUAAUUUAAAUGCUUAAACGCUGCUCUCGCAAUCAGAGCAAAAAGAAAAAGAAGAAAUAGAAGAAAGCCAACAUACGAAGUCUCAGCACAGUGAGCCGUCGAGGCGAAUAUAAACCUUAAAAAUAAAAAGUAAAUAGUUAAAAGCAACAAAAAGUAAAAACAAAACACAACAAAACCAAACAUAAACUUAUUUAUUAGUGUAAUUAAAAGUUUCAGCGAUGCAGGCCAUUACGAGAUUGAUAAUGAGAGAACUAGAGGCAAAAGAAAGCAAAAUAUGAAAGAUAGAAACAUUAUAGUGCGAACUGGACACUUCAAAGGUGGUAGUUCAUUUGAAAUGGACCGAGGUCCUCUACGGUUUGCGAAGAUAAACACACGCACACAUACAUACACAAACAUAUUUGUUAUAAAUAAAAUAAUUUGUAUUAUUUAUUUUUAA